AUGCAAACUUCAAGAUCUUGGACCGAAACUUAUUCCAAUCCCACUAGUGGAACAAACAUUUCGUGUCGAUAUUGCCGAUAUUCUUCCGAAACAAAACGGUCUGCACUACCACUUGUACUUGCUUAUUGCAUGACAACAUAUAAAAGUCAAGGUCAACCUUUGAACAAAGUGGUUGUUGACUUAAAGUUCCCAAAUGAAACUGAUGAGAUCGCAGCAAUAUACGUACCAUUAUCUCGUGUAAAACGUCUGGUCGAUCUAGCAAUUUUGCGACUAUUUGACUACAAAGUUUUACUUAUGAAGCCAAAUAAGUCUCAAAUCGCCGAAAUAGAACGACUUGAUCAACUAUAUACAAACACACAAAGCCGUUUCUCAGAAUGGUUUGAAUAA